CAUACCACCGAUCUCCACCGAACAAAGUAGGCACCUAGACACGGUUCGCGCCCCCUCCCUCCCUCGAUGGCGACCGCCGCUUCGUCGAGCAGGGUGGCCGCGGUGGCGGAGCACGACGACAAGAACGAGCCGGCGAGGCCCCUGGCCAUCCCUCACCCGUACGCCCACCCGGCCGCCAGCGACGUGGACGAGGCGGCGCAGACGGCGACGGGGUGGCGCUCCGUGCAGUACCUCCGGAAGAGGCGCCGCUGCCUGCUCUGCUGCGGCGGCUGCUGCGUGGCCACCGCGGUCAUCGUCGGCAUCCUCAUCCUCGCGCUCUCGCUCACCGUGUUCAAGGUCAAGGACCCGCGCCUCACCAUGAACGGCGUCUCCCUCGCCGCCCUCAGGUCCGGCCCCGGCACGGGGCUCGCCGACCCCGUCGCCACCAACGCCACGCUCACCGCCGACGUCUCGAUCGAGAACGACAACAUCGCGUCGUUCCGGUUCUCCCCGAGCGCCACGGAGGUGUACCUCGACGGGCGGACGGUGAGCGUCGCGUACGUGCCCGGCGGCCGCGUCGGCGCCCACGGGAGCGUGCGCAUGAACGUGACGGUGGACAUCCUCGCCGACCGGCUGUCGCAGGCGGUCAACGCCACCGGCCUGCUGCUCGGCCAGCAGUACAACCUGACGACGUACACGGAGAUGGACGGCACGGUGAAGGUGCUGGGGAUCUACAAGAAGGAUCUCGAGAUCAGGAUGAACUGCUCCAUCACCGUGGAGGUAGGGGGCUUCGCCGGCGUGCUCGUGUCCGGGGUCCCGGCCGGCGUGCACACCAACGGCGUGAACUGCGUCGCACAUGUGAGCUGAUUAGAGGGUGCCUCGCCACUUACUUCCUCCGUCUCAUAAUGUAAAACAUGUUUUUUAACACUAUAUAGUAUCAAAAAAUGUCUUACAUUAUUGGACGGAAGGAGUAGAUGAUGGUUUUCAAGAUGUUGCUUCCAUUUUGGUAUACUUUGCACUAGUACGUCGCGUGUACAUUCUAGUCUUGCUGUAGGUAUA